AUGGUCAAACUCGCUAGUGUCGCCUUCAUCACCGCCGCGCUUGUUGCCUCGGCCUCAGCCGCCCCUCAACCGCAAGGUCCCCGUACUGCUGGUGCUUCCGGUGGGAACAACCCUCCUAAUCCUGAGAUCUUUGGUAUUAUCGCAAGCGGCAUAAAAAAGGGCUAUGACAAAGUCAAGAAGCCUCGGGAUUUUGGGGAGGAGGAGGUGAUGUAUGUACGCGAACUUCUGGAGGACCUGUAUGGUCGUGAAUUUUGGGAGGAGGUGUAUGAGCGUUCGCCCCCGGCUUCGUCGUCCUCUUCUGGCGGUGGUAUUGGCCGCGCUCCGCCUAUGGAUAUCGGUCGUCCCCCGUCCCCCGUCCGCCGUGUUCCACAUGUCCAAGGCGCCAAAGGCCUCACCCAGGUUCCGCGGGACCUUGGACUCGACUCUGAGGUGAUGUACCAACGCAGUCCUUCAAUUGGGAAAGGAGGCAGGGUCAAGCCCCUGAUCAAUCGACCACGAGAUGUUGGGGACUCGGACAUGUAUGGACGGGACUUCUUGGAGGAGCUGUAUGAGCGCGAUCCCCAAGGACCCGCGAGCUGGGCGUACUAUGCGGCAAAGGGGUGGUAUUAA